AUGGUAUCCAGAAUUUUCCUAGUUCUCCUUAUCGGUAUUUUUCUAAGUGGAGCAAGAUGCCAAAACCAAACCAUUUACCAAGCGCUCAAAUCUCUUUCUAAUGACACAUCCCUUUCCUUCAAUGUCACAGGUGGCGAAGAAACAAACGCGAACGCAUCAUCUGUCUCGAUGUUCUAUUUACUUGUUGAUGCAUCGCCUUCUGUUAAAUCUCUUCUUGAUUCCAAUACUUCGGAUCUUGUUCUAUUUGCCCCAAUUAAUUAUGCCUUUACAAGCAUUGGAACUAAUGUUACCUCGAAUCUUUCCGAGAUACCAAUUCCGAUUGGAGCAAAUUCUACGGAAAAGCCCGUGACAUUUCCUAUUCAAAAUAUUACCGAGGCACAUGUCUAUAGAGCAUCCAAUCAAUCCUAUCCUCCUCUCAAAGAGGAGUCGCCUUCAUUGAUGAACUUUACUGGAUUGCUUGCGCUUGAUCUUGCAAGUCCAAACUCUUCCAAGAGCAUUGUGGUAGUUAAUGCUACAAACUCAUCCUUUUACCUCUCCUUUUCUGGCGUUAGCACGCCCUCAAAGUUGCUUUCCAAUCGAACAGGGAAUACUUCAUCCCCUCUUCCAUACUAUGUUACCUGCACGAAUGGAAUUAUCGUUUUCGUUAAAAACAUUAUUACUCCUCAGAUCCCCUUAAAUGCAACUACCAUUGGCAAGAUUUUAGGCAAUCCAGCCCAGUCUAAUGUAUCGACGCCCAACUCGACACUAUCAGCACCCAACUCGACAGCCCCAAUGCCCAACUCGACAGCCCCAAUGCCCAAUUCAACAAUAUCAAUACCCAAUUUGAUGGCUUUACAGGCUAACGCAACGGCUCCAGCACCGAACGCAACGGCCCAAGCUCCUAUCAAUGAAAUUUCUCAGUUUUUAUUUGCCUUGAAAAAUUCUAGCUUAAUCUCCAAUCUUUCAAUAUCGCCUGUAGCCAUUUUUGCGGUUUCUGAUUCUGCAAGCUCUUCAACCUCAUAUAAUGAUUCGGUCCUUAGCAAUCAGAUUUUUAAAAGUGCUCAAAACAGCUCUGAUCUUAUUAUUUCAUCGCCUCUCUUGUUCAAUAUCGCCUCUAACUCGAGCAAUGUAACCCUGAUAUCGUUGAGCGGACUUCCUUUGAACAUUUCCAUGAGCACCAUGAAAAAUUCAUCACAACCAACUAGCAUUUCUCAACUGUUAUUCAACCAGACUGUCACCGUUCUUUGUGCAGAUCUCCUUUUCCAAAACUCGACCAUCUUCAUCGUCGAUAAGCCUUUUCUGUCUGCUCCUAUUAGCAACAGCUCUUCUGGAAUUAAUCCUAUCAGACCAAAAUCGCCAAUCGGUCAUCCAAUCUGA